UCAAACAGUUCAACUUGAGCUCAAUCAGUGGGGGCUCAAUUUGUCUCAAGGUUCACCAAAUUAGUACUUAAGUACAGUAGUCAGUAAGUAGUACACUACCUCUGCUCUAGUCCUCUCUUUUCCUCCCAAUUUCAUAACCGUUGCCUGAGAAAGCGCGGGAAAUUCGGACUAUCAAUGGCAGAAAAUGGUAUCUUUCCAAUUCCUCCUCAGUUCUUUCCAGCCAACAGAUUAUAUCUUUCUUUCUUCUUCAAUUUGAUAGUCUUUUGCUUAUUUAUUUUUUCUGUUGGUUUUUGUAACCCUAACCCCAUUUUUCUGCAAACCCUAAUUUUAGAACAAUGGCUAGUGAUAAAAUCCAUAAGCCUCUAUAUCCAGAAGUAACUCAAUCAAACCCUGAAUCCAUCCCUAAGUACCACUCAAAUGAUUCAAAACCAUCAUCAUCAUCAAACUUGUAUCCAACAAUAGUUGUUGAAGAAUAUGUUGAAAAUCUCUUCCCACAUUGCGAAGAACCUCUUCAUAAUCCCAAUUCUAAUCCACCACCAACAGCUCCAACAGAACCAAUCGAAGAAAUUAUACUUACAAUCCCUGGUGCAAUUGCUCAUUUGAUAGAUAAAAAAUAUAGUGUUGAAUUAGCAUCUGGUGAUUUAUCGAUUCUUAGGCUUCGUCAAGGUAUUCACGUUGUAGCUGUUCUUGCUCGUAUUGGUGAUGAGAUCCAAUGGCCUCUUGGAAAAGAUGAAGCCGCUGUUAAAUUAGAUGAAUCACAUUACUUUUUCUCGCUUCGUGUUCCGCCUACAGAUGAUUGGGAUUCUAGUGAUGACGACGAGGAUCAUCAUAAAGGAAAUGAGUCUGAGAGUAUAUUGAAUUAUGGUGUAACAUUUGCAUCAAAAGGACAAGAAUAUUUGCUGAAGGAAUUUGAUAAGAUUUUGGAGACUUAUAUUAGUUUUUCUGUUCAGAAGGUAUCAAAGAAAUCUGAGGUAUUGGAUGGAUUGAUGGCUAAGGAGACAUCGCCAGCGGAGUUAACUCCAGAGAAGCAGAAGGAUAUGGAGAAAUUGGCUGCGGCUUAUUGGACGACGUUGGCUCCAAACGUAGAGGAAUAUAGUGGGUUUGUUGCUAAGGCCAUUGCAGUAGGAUCUGGUCAGGUGAUUAAGGGAAUACUGUGGUGUGGGGAUGUUACAAUUGAUAGGUUGAAAUGGGGAAAUGAAUUUUUGCUUAAGAGGAUGGCUCCCUGUGCUGAACAAUCAGAAGUUAGCCCUGAAGUAAUGAAGAGAAUAAAAAGGGUUAAGAGAAUCACCAAGAUGUCAGAGAAAGUGGCAACUGGAAUACUUUGUGGGGUUUUGAAGGUCUCAGGAUACUUCUCGAGUUCAGUUGUGAACUCCAAAGUGGGAAAGAAAUUCUUCAGUAUGCUCCCGGGGGAAGUCGUUCUUGCUUCCCUGGAUGGAUUAGGGAGGGUUUGUGAUGCUUUUGAAGUAGCUGGAAAGAAUGUCAUGUCAACAUCAUCCACCGUCACAACAGGACUUGUUUCACACAGGUAUGGAGAAAAAGCAGCAGAGGUAACGAAUGAAGGGCUAGACGCUGCAGGGCAUGCUGCUGGAGCCGCAUGGGCUGUUCUGAAGAUACGUAAAGCGCUCAACCCUAAGAGUGCAAUCAAACCCACUACCCUUGGGAAGUCAGCUUUUAAGUCCGCAGCUGAAGAUUUUAAGUCUAAGUACAAAAAGUAGCCUAUAUGGAUCUCAAUCUGAAUCCCCAUAUUCUUACAUGAAGCAAGGUUCCAGCAACGAGGUAUGCAUUUCAUUUGUUCAUUUUUCCACAAAUUCUGUAAUAUACUAAGCUCUAUUUGAGCAUACCUAGAUACAUAUUAACUAGAUCAGACAUAGACACAUCUCCUCAGGUGUUGCUUAAUUACAGGACCUUGUGAAUAUAACUUGUAUUAUGCUAAUUACAUUUAGUCGCAGCAUAUAAAAAUAAAUCUUCUUAUAUAUGGAUUGUUACAUUUCUUCUUUUGGA